GUACAGCACAGUAUUUUUGUUCUAAUAUUUAUAAAAUGCAUCUGUGCUUAAUAUCGAGAAGAUUACGCCUUAAAUAUAAUAAAAUACACAAACGCUGUGCGUCGGUAACAAAUAAUAAAAAGUGGCAAAGUGUCGUCGGCUUAGAAGUUCACGCACAAUUAAAUACUGAAUCAAAACUCUUUUCGGGAGCCGAAAACACUUUUGGUGGCCUAGUAAACAACUGUGUAUCGUUAUUCGAUGCUGCUAUACCGGGAACAUUACCUGUUUUAAACAGAAAAUGUGUAGAAUUAGGGAUAUUGACCGCCUUGUCUUUGUCGUGUAAAAUCAACGAAGUAUCGAGUUUUGAUCGCAAGCAUUACUUUUACGCUGAUUUGCCUGCCGGGUAUCAGAUAACACAACAAAGGGCCCCAUUAGCGAGCGACGGUGUUAUAAACUUUCAGGUAUUCACACCAGGCGUUCAUAAGAAGCCAUAUAACAAAAGUUCAAAAAUAAAACAGAUACAAUUAGAGCAAGAUAGCGGCAAAUCAUUGCAUGAUGCAGAGUUGAAGCGAAGUCUUGUAGACCUGAACAGGGCUGGGGCACCUCUCAUAGAACUGGUGUUUGAACCUGACUUGGAGAAUGGAGAGGAAGCAGCAGCGUUGGUCAAAGAGCUUGUACUGAUAGUGCAAAGGCUAGGGGCAUGUACGGGGCGCAUGGAGGAAGGGGCAUUGAGGGUAGAUGCAAAUGUAUCCUUGCGUCGCCCUGGCGAGCCCCUGUCAACACGCACAGAGAUCAAAAACAUCGGCUCAGUGCGCGGUGUGGCGGGCGCCAUACGUCACGAGAUCGACCGCCAGCGCACCGUGCUAGAGGGCGGCGGGCGCAUUGUCAACGAGACGAGAGCCUGGGACGCCACUACUAGAGUCACUGUUCCGAUGCGAGACAAAGAAGUUGUCCAAGAUUAUAGAUAUAUGCCCGAGCCGAAUCUCCCGCCAUUACGUGUUAAUCUCAAAACAAAAGAAGACACGCAAGACGUUAUAAGCGUACCACUUAUAAAAGACAAAAUACCAGAACUGCCCGAAGAAUCCAGAACGAAGUUAACUAAACAGUUUCAACUAAAACCAGAAGCAGCGAUACAACUUGUAAACGAGCCAGUUUUACUUGAAUUUUUCCAAACCAUCACAGCAAAUAGAACUAGAAAUCCCACUAAAGUCGCUAAUUUGUUACUCAACGACCUUUUGACGAUACUACAUAAGAGGAAAAUAAAUAUCGACAAUUGUCCCGUUAACGAUAAACACUUAGCCGACUUGAUAGAUUUCUUAUCACAAAAUAAAAUUAAUUUAGAUGUCUGUAAGUUAGUUAUCGAUGAAGUCAUUGAGGACUCUACCUUAUCGGUUAAAGAUCUUAUCAACAGUAAAGGUUGGUUUUUGAUAACCGAUGAAGUGGUUAUAAUAAAUAAAUGCAAAGAAAUUAUAGACAGCAAUCCAAAAAUUGUGAAACAGUACAAAGACGGAAAACUUAAAGUAUUUAACGCUUUGUUGGGUUUGGUAGCUAAAAGCACUGAUAAUAAAUUCGAUAUGACACUUGCCUCUAAAAAAAUGGAAGAAUUGUUAAAAAAAUAAAAAAAAUGUAAAUAUUA